AUGGCGGAGAGCACUCGAUUUAGGAGUCUGGAAGAUCAACUCAAGAAACAGGAAAGUAAGCUGCAGGAAUUGAUGGAAUCUGUAGCAACAAUGCAGAAUUCAAGUAUGGAGGAGCUGCAGCAGAAACUUCAUACCGACAUUGAUCAGAAUAAUGCGAAAUUGGAGGCAAUGGUGGGGAAUCUGGACCAGAGAUUCAAUGCGAUGGAGCAGAGGUUCAGUACGAUGAUGAAGCUGUUGAUGAGGGAGAAAGGCAUUUCUGACGGGGACGGAGGAGGAACUGAACCACUCUUGCCGACACCUCCAUUGCAUCUACGAUUGACACCUUCAAACGAAAGGCCAGGGAGUCAACCUGAGAUGAGAGGUAGGCAGUUCUUUCCUAAUAUACCUCGUAUGGAGUUGCCAAUGUUUAGCUCUGGGAACCCUAGGGAGUGGGUGAGAAAAUGUCAAAAAUACUUCCUGAAUUAUCAGAUAGCAGAAUGUCAGAAAGUAGAUGUGGCAGAAAUGUUUUUGGAAGGGAAGGCUGACAAUUGGUUCCAAGGGGUAAAACUGGUGAAACCUAGACUGUCCUGGGGAGAAUUUAGUGAACUCUUGUGUGAGAGAUUUUCUGGAAGGAACUCACGUGACAUAGUGGAGGAGUUUAAUAAGUUACAUCAGAAAGGCACUAUUGAAGAUUAUGAGGAGAAAUUUGAAGAAUUAAAAACACUCAUGCUGACGAGAAAUCCUAGAUUGGAUGAGUCUUACUUUGUUUCCAGCUUUAUUAGUGGACUCAAGGACGAGAUUAAGCCUACGGUGAAGAUGUUCAAACCGCAGACACUAAUGAAGGCUUUUGAAGUGGCAGAGCUGCAAGAAUGCUCACUGGAAAUCCAGAGCAAACAAAGUAAGGCCACAGGGAGGGGGACAGUAGAACCAAGAUUUGGAAUAUACAAGAAUUCCACACAGGACCAGGCUCGCCAACAAUCAUACAGGUUACCAGCUAUCAUCCCUGCCCCGAGGAAAACUGAUUCAAUCCAUAGAGACCUCAGUAAGAUAACAGCUGAGGAGAUGCAGUAUAGACGUAAGCAUGGCUUGUGCUACAGAUGUGGGGAGAAAUUUGGAGUAGGACACCAGUGCAGGAAGGGAAAUCUGAAUUGUGCGAACACUGAAGAGGAAGAGGAGGAGGUUGAAUUUGAGGAUGCUGAAGGAGAGCAAGAUGAACUCACUGGAAGGGUGGGGGAAUUAGCAGAAGUAUCCCUCAAUGCAUUGUCUGGAGCCAUAAAAAGGAAGUCUAUCCUGCUGAUGGGCAAUUUAGGGGGACUUCCAGUCAAGAUCUUGGUGGACACAGGAAGCUCUGACAGUUUUAUCCACCACAGAGUUGUCAACCUGUUGCAUUUGCCAUACCACUCAGUCAGCCCUUUCACUGUGACCUUAGCAGAUGGGACUGACAUCACUAGUGGUGCCAUUAGUCCAAAUGUAAGCUGGGUGAUACAAGACUAUCGAUUCCAGUUUGAUCUGAAAAUAAUGGAGUUAGGGGGAUGGGAUAUAAUACUGGGAGUAGACUGGAUGUGCCAAUUCAGUCCCAUUACUUUUGAUUUCCAUUCCCUCAGCAUUGCACUUAGUGAUAAGGGGAGUUUACUGCACUUGCAAGGGUUGGUGAAUCAGCCUGCAAUGAGGCUAGUGAGGGGCAAGGACCUCAGGUCAUUCAUACAGGAGAAGCAAACAAGCUGUGCAGCACUGGAGACAGAAGCAACAAGGGGGUCAGAGGAUCAGCUUCCAGAAUCCAUAGGAAGAAUCCUGCAACAGCAUUCGGAGGUGUUUUCCACUCCUAAAGGCUUACCCCCAGAGAGGGAGCUGGAUCAUCAGAUCAACCUCAAACCAGGUGCUGAGCCUUUUAAACUCAAGCCUUACAGGUACCCCCACUCUCACAAAGCAGAAAUUGAAAAACAGGUCACUGAGAUGCUCACUAAUGGGAUUAUUAUGCACAGCACUAGUCCUUUUGCUUCUCCAGUAUUAUUAGUUAAAAAGAAGGAUAAUUCUUGGGGCUCUGUAUAG